AGCAGGAGCAGGACCAUCAGCAGCAGCAGCACCAGCAGCAGCAGCAGCACCACCAGCACCACCACCAGCAGCAGCACCAUCAGCAGGAGCACCACCAGCAGCAGCAGCACCAGAUGCUAGCGACGAAUCCUGACGCCGACGACACCAAGGGGGGCGGCAAGAUGGCCGCCACGGCGGCAGCGUCCGUGGGGGGCGACGUCAAGAUGGACGCCGGCACCGUCAAGAUGGACGCCGGCACCGUGUCGUCGAAGCCGGGUGCGGCCGCCUCGACCGCGACGGCGGGCGGCGGCGGCGGCGGCGGCGACGUCACCGCCGUGACUUCCGUCGCCCUGAAGGCAGGCGGCGGCACGGCCCCGAGCGGGGAGUCCGUGCGGCCGAGGCUCGGUGACGGCUCGCGCGGCCCCACGGGCGACUACGUGCCGAUGAGGGCCGCGCCGGGCGACGGCGCCAGGAGCUACGAGCUCAUGAGCUUUCCCGGGACCCGGUCUGGGAACGCGGAGCCCACGGCGAGAUUCGGAGCGGAUCCCGACGAGGGAGCGAGGGUCGUGCGUGUGGGAGAGCAGGCGCGGCGAAGACGCAGCUCCGAGUCUUUCCCUCCCCACGUCACCGUGACCCCCCCGGCCACGACCCCCCCGGCUGCAGACCCUGGGGGUGAGCCCCAGCCCGAGACUCUGGGAGACGCCGAGGAGACGGCAGCGGCCGCUGGUCUGCUCGUCGCCACGGAGACUUAGAGGGCGACGCACGGGGACACGGGGAGACACGGGGGGACAUGGGAGACACGGGGGGACA